GGUGGGAGUUGUGCAGUCACGUCGAAAGGCUGUCUGUCCUCUUUGCUCCACGGGGAAGGUUUGGGAUCCGGUUCAUCUUUCCGUCUUUCGUUUGGGGUGUUACUUUCGCGUGACAUUCGGUGACGAUCUCGUUUUAUAAUCACAUAACUUGCGUGGCUCGAGAGCGCAGUUUCUGGACGGGAUUGGCAGAUUGUUCGACGUUUGCCUGGUUCUGGUCCGAGCUCUGCAUUCUCGACACUUCUUCCGGGGCCGAUAGACUGGAACAAAAGUCAUGGCGGCUUUAUCAGGCUUGACUGCAGAUGGACGAGGUCUGAUUUCCUCAUCGAACGAGGAAGGUGAUCCAAUCCCACCUACUCCAGACGUUCUCGAACCCAGAGUAGCAGAACUAGAGCCGACUGUUUUUGCAGAACCUGGGCCGCAAAUCUUAUCGCCUUCGGCAAUAAAAGAAGAUGCUCACGUUUUUAAAUCUGUAUAUGAGCGACUUGGAGCUCGUUAUAAGCCUCUUCCUGAGGAAGAGGCUUCAAUAGCAGAUCUUCUUCGAAAUUUGAAUUCCAAUACUCAGCCUCUUCAGCACCUUGAGCGAGAACCGCAGACGGAAAUAUCAGUCGAAUGUUCUUGUUCACGAUACAAACGUAAGCUCGGAAGCUCAACCAGACCCGAAGUUUUUAAUCCUGGGGUGGUUGAAAUUUUAUUACCACCCGUCCAGCCUUCGCGGAAUGGAAGGUUGGAAGAUUUCAAGGGUAGAAGAAUGGCUCAGCCUUACCUCCGUUCUCCUGAUCAUAGCAAUGACAGAAGCAGACCCAGAGAGAGGUCUGAGGAACGUGAGCAUCCAUUGGCCCCAGGACUCUUAGCAGGUAACGAUGAACAUGAAGAUUGGACUAAAUUGACCUGUGAAAGAUGUUCGUGUUUCCAGAGCUCAAAAAUGGACGCAAGAAAGAUGCAGAAGUGGAGGGCUUUAGAAUUACGAUACACUCUCCUGCUGGACAAGCUGUCGUCCUUAAAGAGGCGCCAGUCUGUGUUUGUCACAACAUAUGAACUGCAGCAGACUUUGCGGAAUUGGCAUACUUCUUUAAAACUGGACAAUGCGUCGAGCUGUGACAUAGCCUUCCACGUUUAUAAGAGGCGUGUGCGAACUCUCGGGCACUCCUCUUUGUAUUCAUUGCGCGGCUUGAAUGUGACGCUUCUGCUGGCUGUAUCACUGUGGGUGGUGGUGAAAGUAUUUGAUAUCAGCGCCAAAGUUCCCAAAGCCUCUCAACUGGCAGCGGCUACAGGUGUCCCUGCCAGGCUGCUCCUGGUCUCCGAGCUCCCCCUCCUCGAUGCCCUUCAUUGGAAAUUAGUGCGCCCCUAAACCUCAUUACAUUUACCUCCACGAGGUCACCGAAGGAAAUUGUGCUGAAAGAAUUGCAAUGGCUCCUCUGCAUCGCCCUUUCAAUGCAGGCCACUCACGUCGACAGGAACAUGAGGAUGAGCAUGAGGCAGAUGCGAUGGGAAAAAUAUGUCCCGUCCAUUUGCAAAAACAUAUGAAGACGCUGAGAGACAUUUUUCGCAGCAGAUUCUUCAGAAAAACGUUCUUCGCAGCAGCAGUUUGGUAGUGGGAUCAUUUCGGAACUGGAAGGUUAUUGAUGACUGCCGCAUAUUCGAUCGUCCGAAGGCGGCCGAUCAUUUAGAAUUCUGUACGUGCGAGGACGUUUUGAUGGACAGGAGUGAGUGGAAUAUUUGACAGUAUACAGACAUUAGCUUGACAAUGUUCAUCAUUCGGAUCAUUUGGUUCGAAUGAUGUAUAUAUAUUGAAGUAAAGAUAUUAGCGGUUGUGUGCUUGCCCGAACAUUCCUUCGUGCGAGCCAACAAUCCGCUGAACGAGCUCUGUUUCAACUC